AUGGGGGGGACUUCAAUUGAUGAUGAAAGUGCUAUGGGUCGACAGCCAAUUGAUCCAAUUAGUGCUCAAAUUGCUGAAAUCAAUUCUUCACAAAUGCAUGAACGUGAAAUUGCCUUUAAUUCUUCAAUUGGUACUGAAGUUGAGGUUAUGGCACCAAAUUUGACUUGCACAAAUGCUAUUGAAGGGCCUAUGAUUAUGGGUAAUGAGUCAAUUGGUAGUAUUGAUGGUCAAUUGAAUUCCAAUCACAUUCCUACACACAUGGCGGUUGAAUUUUGUUCACUUUCAAAUGUACCACCAACACUUACUUCUGCUCCUACCACUACACCUUCGAUGUCUAUGCCACCAGCCAAUAGCUCGAUGAAAAUCUCCUCUAAUUAUGAUCCUCCUCCUCGGGUUUUACCUAAAACUGAUCGAGCUGCAUCCAAAUUGGUCAAUGGUAUUCAGGAGCUAAUUCAGCAGACCAGUAAAGUAAAAAAUAGACCUGGCCUUCCUUUGCCGGCUCAGAACUUAGUUAAGACACUUGGUCCUUUUCCUGGAGUUACGGGAGCCUCCCAAGCCCCUCGAUCGUAUGCCGCUGUACUCAAUUGCAAACCCUCGAUCACACAGGCUGAGAGGAGCCAGAAGAAAUCAUUUGCACACGUCCUUCGUGCUCCAGAGGAUUCCAGAUAUCGGAGCUUGGUCUCGAAGGAACCAUAUAUUCACCAUGGAGAGCCUGCAGUAUUCUUUGAUGAAUCAGAUGAGCUAUUUCUAGCCGAGGCAUACAGGUUUACCCUUGUUGGUAAAUUUGUGCAUCGCAAACCAUCUAUGAAUGAGUAUGAGGUUCCUAUUACUCCUGUUUGGGUGUCAUUCCCAUUGCUUCCUAUUCAUUUUCGAGAUAAGAGUGCCCUUUUUACCAUAGCUAAGGCUAUUGGGCUCCCCCUUCAUAUUGACAAAGCAACCUCUGAUCUUCAUCGACCUAGUGAAGCUAGGCCCAUGGUGUAUGAUAAGGUGCCAGACUUUUGCUUUCUAUACAGACACGUUGGUCAUCUGGACGCGAAGUGUUUUAGUUGUUCCCAUUCUGCUCCACCUCCUGCGGCCCCAGGUAUUGGUGACCUUAACCAUAGGGCUACUCCUGUUCCGGCCAAAGAAAAGGGUCAGGAUAAGGAAGUUGUAACCUUCCCUCGCAUGAGGUGGACACCUGUUAAGAGGAACCAGAUGAGACAUGAUAGUACAUCAAAAAUGAUUUAUCAUUCUACUAUUCAAACUGUUACAACUAUUGCUCCUAUUUUUCCAGUCACUACAGUUACUAUAUUACAGUUAGCAGCUACCCAUACGACUCCUAGUCUUUACAUUGCUCCACCUAUUAUAAUUCAUAUUGCUCCGCACAUUACUAGCUCUCCACCAUCAGAUCAUUCUACAGUUGCUCCCAUUAGGAUGGAUACUCAGAUUUCGCCUGUUAUUACAUUAUUUCAUCAGUUAGCAGUUCAGUCUCUAGACCCUAUCAGCAGUACACUUAUGAUGAUUAGUCCGAUUCUGGUUUUUUCUCAUAUUGAAGUUCAUCAACAAGGUCCAUAUCGUCAAUCUUCAGCUCAUGACUUGGCAGGCAUGACUACUAGGACAAAGGAGGAUGGUUUUGUUCAAGUCGGUCGAAAACGAAAUGCGAAAGCCACCAAUACUUCAAUUCCUAGGAUGUUCCUUCACGUAAGAGUUGAGGAUCCCAGAUUAGCACGUCCUAUCUAUCUAACUCAUGUCUAUGCUUCAUGCAAUGUAACUAUCAUGAGGGAUUUGUGGGAGGGUCUUCAUCACAUUUCUCUCGAUAUGGACAACCCUUGGUUAGUUGAGGAAGACUUUAACGUUAUUUCUCAUGAUGGGGAGCGCACUGGUCAUAAUACUCGUGAUCGAGGCACUACUACUUUCUCUGAUAUGAUGUUAGAUUAUGGUUUAGAGGAUGCUGGUUUCCUAGGGAAUCGGUAUACUUGGUCCAACAGUCGAGUCAGAAAGAGACUAGAUAGGUGGGUUUCUGAUGAUGAUCUGGGUCCUAGACCUUUCAGAUUCCUCAACUUUUAG